ACAAAACGACCGCAAACAACGUCCAGAGUGUGGGCGAAUGCUUCAGAACACUGAAACGUCUUUUCACCGACAACUCCACAGUGAUCCGGGCUGGCAGAUCUGCCUGCACUGCCCAUUGUUUUCUGCAUCCUGAUUGGCUGUAGACCAUUGCCAAUGAACCUCCUUAGUGCCGCCCUGCCAUGUUGCUAGCUUGUAAAUGAAUCUUCGGUUCAAAGGAGGAGGACUGCAACAGAAAUGGAAUACGUACACAGAGUAUGAGAAGAGGUUGCAGACAGCAGCAGACAAUUUCAUCGCCGCAGCCUCCAAACUGCCUCGAGUCACUGGAUGCAUCCCCCCAUGUGGUUUUCAGAUCAAAGGUGCAGUUUAUAACUGUAUUAGUUGCAGUUAUGAUUCCUGUCCAUUCCAACUUGACUGUCCAGUUAAGAGAAUGACGGUAGCAGAGAACAACCGGACCCAAAUGUCGUGCCAAGUGCCAUUUGCGUUACCAAGCAGCAUUGAGAUAAUAUGGAGGUUUGCAGCAGAGGUGGAAACUCUGGACGUGGACGAGUUUCAAGAAACGCCAAUAGGCAAGGACAUGCUUUAUUCCAUCCCAUCGACCAGGAUGCAUCAUCAGGGCACAUACCGGUGUGAAAUCUACACGAAAGGAACUUCUAUUGUCAGACUUUACUACUAUCUCACAGUGACCCCCCACGUUGUGGUAGGCCAUUCCGAGCUGCAGGAGAUAUUUGAGCUGUCUCUGCUCCCAGGAGGGAGGUUACACAUGGAGCCUGGUGCUCCUCGCCCCUUUCAGCCCCUUCCGUCACUCGUGCUCAUUGCCAUCUGCUUUACAUCUUUGCUGCUCCUCCUAAUGCUCUCCUUGGGCACUCUGUUGUUGUGGUCAACAACGAAGACAAGAAGUGGCAAUGAACGCACCCGCGGAAUUGAAAAUUUAGGAUGAUGCGCAGUAUCUCUUUUGGCCACAGGGAGGCAGCAACAUGGCGGAAACAGCCAAUAUACACUACACUUGAGCCUGUUGUCAUCUCAUUAAGGUCGUGGUGCUGAGCUUUGGAUGCUGAGAAGUGAAUCAUUUCUGAGGAAGUGUAGAAGUAUUUGCUGAACACCUUUUGAUGAAAUAUGUGACACUGUAGAUGUUUAGACUUUAUAUAUGCUGACAUAUUAAUCACAAAAGGUAAAGGGGCAUGCCUCUCUAGACAAUGAUUGUGUCAGAGGGCCUUUGUGGUCAAGUCAAGUAGUAAUUAAGUUGCAUAAUAUUUACAUACAUUCAAGGCUGUUGUGUUGUGGUCAUGGAAAACUGUAAAUGUAAUGAUACAUAAUGAAUUCGACUAAUAUGAUUAAUUGCUUGUUGACUUUGUAUGUGG